ACAUGGUCCGCUGCGAGUUCAGACAGGGAAGCACUGAGGUCGCGUACGGCUCCGACCCAGCUAUCGGGUACUUCUUCUCGGUCUGUGACAGUCGCAUCGCCUACCAAUCGGGCAGCACAGCCGAAGUCAACAGCGCCUGCGAGGCGAUCGAUUACUCCGGCGACGGGGCCUACGUCUCGCUUACGACGGGGUUAGGUAUCGGUAAGAAGGUGUCGAAGGAGGCUAUGGCGGUGUUCUGGGAGCGCUUUGGCGUGCCGCAGAGUCAGAUCGAACGUCUGCGUGGGGGGCAGGUGAUCCAGCAGAUGUGAAGGGUUCAGAAGUGUCGGAUGAAGUGGAAGCGAAGGACCGCGAGUUGGAAAGUCGAAGGAGGUUUUGCUGGCCUUUCGAGCUGAAUACCUGGUUUCAUUGUACUAUUAUUCUGCCCAUAAGCUGCCCAGGUCAUCCAA